AUGGAGGGUCUGGGCCGCUCGUGCCUGUGGCUGCGCCGGGAGCUGUCGCCCCCGCGGCCGCGGCUGCUGCUCCUGGACUGCCGCAGCCGCGAGCUGUACGAGUCGGCGCGCAUCGGCGGGGCGCUGAGCGUGGCCCUGCCCGCGCUGCUGCUGCGCCGCCUGCGGCGGGGGAGCCUGUCGGUGCGCGCGCUCCUGCCUGGGCCGCCGCUGCAGCCGCCCCCGCCCGCCCCGGUGCUCCUGUACGACCAGGGCGGGGGCCGGCACCGGCGCGGGGAGGCCGAGGCCGAGGCCGAGGAGUGGGAGGCCGAGUCGGUGCUGGGCACCCUGCUCCAGAAGCUGCGGGAGGAAGGCUACCUGGCCUACUACCUACAGGGUGGCUUCAGCAGAUUCCAGGCCGAGUGCCCUCACCUAUGUGAGACCAGCCUUGACAGCCGUGGGGGCCCAAGCACAGCCCCGGUGCCCGGCCCAGUGGUGGGGCUCGGCGGCCUGUGCCUGGGCUCCGACUGCUCCGACGCGGAGUCCGAGCCCGACCGUGACUCCAUGAGCUGUGGCCUGGAUUCGGAGGGCGCCACGCCCCCCCCAGCGGGGCCGCUGCCGUCCUUCCCCGUCCAGAUCCUGCCCAACCUCUACCUGGGCAGUGCCCGGGAUUCGGCCAACGUGGAGAGCUUGGCCAAGCUGGGCAUCCGCUACAUCCUCAAUGUCACCCCAAACCUGCCUAACCUCUUCGAGAAGAACGGCGACUUUCACUACAAGCAGAUCCCCAUCUCGGACCACUGGAGCCAGAACUUGUCCCAGUUCUUUCCGGAGGCCAUCGCGUUCAUUGAUGAGGCCUUGUCCCAGAACUGCGGGGUGCUCGUUCACUGCCUGGCGGGCGUCAGCCGCUCCGUCACCGUCACCGUGGCCUACCUCAUGCAGAAGCUGCACCUCUCGCUCAACGACGCCUACGACCUGGUCAAGCGGAAGAAGUCCAACAUCUCGCCCAAUUUCAACUUCAUGGGGCAGCUGCUGGACUUCGAGCGCAGCCUGCGGCUGGAGGAGCGGCGUGCCCGGGAUGGGGGCAGCGGGGGCCACGAGUCGGCCGCCUCCGACCCGCCCUCCUUCUUCACCACGCCCACCAGCGACGGCGUCUUCGAGCUGGACGCCACAUAGGGCCCCGGGCCGCCCCCAGCGGGUGCGCGAGCCCAGCCACCCGCGUGCUGGGGCAGCGGCGAGGGGCUCGGCCUGGGGCGGGGGGAGCGCAAUACCUCAUGCGGAGCUGUGGGACCAGGCAGGAGCCGGGAGCCCCUCCAGGGUGGCGGUGGGGACAGGCCUGUCCUACCCACUUGCAACAUCCGCGGGAAUCCUAUUAAACGUGCCUAUGGGCCGGGCCUGGGGCCGCCGGCCUGGCCCGCGCUGCCCGUGGGCGGAACCCCGCUCCAGAACCUGCC